GUGAUGUUGACCAGCCUUGAAGCGCCCGGCUGAUUGCCUAACAUCACGUACUUUGGAUCUGUCUAGUCGGCGCGAUCUCGUCCAAGACCACAGAUCUUGAGAGACUCAAGGGCAUCUUUGCCAGGCAAGGGGACACCGAGUGCCUGUGCGUCAAACGUACCUCCCUCUGCUGCUGCUAUCAUGUCCACAUCACCUCCUCUCUCAUCUCCUGGACCUCAAGCUCGGUCCGAGCAAGUCUCGCGAGCUGAUCUGGAAGCUCCAGCUGCUCAGAUCACAUCUACAUCCAAGUCUCCUUCGCCCGAUUCUUCCUCUUCUGUAGUCAUUGGCUCCAAUGCAGGGAACGCAUCCAACAAGGCUCCUCGAGGCCGAGGUAGGGCAGGUCGAGGAAGCAGCAAGGCUCGCCGAAGCUCGAGAAGCUCCGCCAAGCGUACCACCAGCGAGGGUCUGCAGACUCCAGCGAUCGGCACCGACCAACCGCCCGAUGAGACGGCUGGGUUGAAGGUGGAAGCACACACUGCGCAGGAUGAGGUGGACGAUGCUCAGGUGGAUGGCAUCACAAAUCUGAAAGCUGAGACCGCCGACGUAAUUUCUGGUCCCAUGGAGGUAGAAGGAGCAUCCUCUAGUAAAUCUGCUACAACUCCAAGUGGAGCGGCGGCAAGGCUACAUGUGGCUGACACCGAGCCAGGUGCUAGCGAGGCAGCAGAGGCAGUCGAAGCCGCAACGGAUGGUGCCAAACUUGAUUCAUCGCGAUCCAGCACUCGUCAGAGCGGCAGCGGUAGCCCUCAUCCGGCAAGCGCCUCGGACAAACAUAGGCAGAGAAGUACCAGCACCUUCAAAGAACUCGCUUCGCUUGGUUUGCACAGCUUCGGAGAUGGUGAAGAUGGACAACUUCCUCCUCGCAGGUCUCGUCGAGCUGCCAACAGCCCAGACAGGUCCACGGAUGAAGUCAAAGAAGGCAGUGAGCCUGCGCAAGAGAGUAGAGUGGGGGAGCUGCAGAGCACUGAGCUAGCCGCGAGCGCUGAAAGCGUGCCUGUGGACCAGAAGGAAGAGCACCUGCCUCCGGACUGGCAAGGGGAAGAGCUGGAAGGAGGUGAAGGAGAGACACGAUGUGUUUGCGGUAGCCCUGAUGAGAAUGUCGGGCUGAUGAUUCAAUGCGACUCGUGCAAAUGCUGGCAACACUGCAUAUGCAUGGGCCUGCACACCGAGGACGACUGUCCUGACGUCUACUUCUGCGAGCAGUGCCGACCAGAGCUGCACAUUACGCUGCUUCGCUCUCUCGGUGUCCUGCCUGUGAACAAGUCGCACAAGAAAGGCGCGAGCAAGGCACUCUCCAAACUCAAUUCCAAGGACGCAAAGAGGGAGCUCAAGGAGGCGAAGCAGGCGGUUCUGCUGUUAGCAGCAGAUAACGAAAGAAGGCGCAAGGCUGGGGAGGAGGUACUGACAGGCUGGUCAGUAGCGCACAACCCGGCGCUUGCGGCCCUAGCACCAAACAGCGGACGCCUGUCCCCUCCUUCACCAACGCACCCCCCUGGUAGCACCGGAGGAGCUCAUCGUCGACAAUCGUCAGAUGCCCAAGGAACGCGACACGGUCGCAGCCAGAGCCGCGAGGAAGAUUUGGCCCAUCGACAAGGCCGAGCGAGCCCGAAGCGGCGAAGCACAAUGAACAGCAGGGAUAGCGCUUACGGAUGGGAGCCCAUCCCGCCAGGCUUGCUGAAUGAGGAUGAACAGUGGGACGAACAGGGCAAUGACAAGAUGGACGAGGACGACCGCAAAGGCAACAAGCGCAAGCGUGGGCGCAACGAAGCAUCGCCAUCACGGUCGCCUUCUCCCGCUGACGAACCGGCUGCCGACCACAAGCGCCGGAAGGUCGGCGGUGGCAACAGCCCUGGGCCCGAAGAUCGAGCACGCGGUGCUUCGCCCGUGGGAGAAUCGUCUGGAAAGAAGGGCGCGGCGAAAAAAGGUGGGCCUGAGGACUCCUCCUCGAGCGCAGCCAAGCCCAAGCAUCCCAAUCAAUACACCUAUCGAGCGAAAGAUAGAGCGAUGGCCGCUGCAUCUGCCGCCGCUGUCUACGCAGCAGGCGGUGCAGGGCCCAGCAGCUCGGCUACGCCGCAACAGUCUGGUGCAGAGUCUCCUUCGCCAAGCCCUCACAAGCAGCGCGCUACCGAUCAGGCUGCCGGAGGUGCAAGGAGAGCCGCCCUCCGGGAUCAGUCCGGAAUCAGUCGAACCGGCACACCAACACCUCACCUGGACUCGAUCAAGCCAGGAGGCAAUCUGGGCAUGCCUGAGCAUCUGUUUCACCUUGCGCACUUGCUGAGCGGACACAGCUCCGAGGCUUUGUCCUUGCAUCCACCCCUCGCCACCAAAGGCGUGCCGAGGUCUGGCGGAAGCCGCGGUGCAGCCAACAAAGAGGCGAGUGGCAAUGAUGCAGAGGGCUCAUCUGCACCAGUUAUCGAGCCGAUGCCCUACACUUCGCAAACGCUCCACGAGCCACGGACCAAAAUCAGAUUCCCCCCCAAACGAAUGACGCUAGGAGAGAUGCGCAAGAGAGUGCGCAACAUUGGAGAGUACGUGACCAGAAGUCAGGUGGAGGCCGUGGAGAGAUCGCGGAGGACCAGGUUGCUGGGCAUAAAGAUUUCGCUGCCCGGAGACGCUGCUCUCUUAGCAGAAGUAGGAAAAAGAGAAGCUGAGGCGGAUAGGAACAAUGGCAAAGAAGUCAUGGGUGAUGCUUCUAAAGAGGAGGGCAGCGCACCUCGGGAAAAGUCAGAUGCACUUGCUGAUGCAGCCGGAGCAGAUGCAGCAGGACAAGAGUCCCAGGAGCAGCUCCGAAGCUCUGCUGGCCUUACGACGGCUACAGAGCCUUCUGCAACGGCCACUGCGCACGCUGAGCCAUCAGCAAACACAAGCUCAAACGAAUCAUCGCUCCCAGGCUCCGGUUCAGACACACCGCUGAGCAUGAGGUUGGUUGAAGAGCUCUCGCGCGAAUUGGCUAGGUUCAACCAGAGAUUCGGAGGUCUGCCCGCUUACGGUCUUUCUGCUUGAAUCUUCAAUACGAGCCCGACCCUCGUUCUGCCAGACGUCUUUCUCUAGAUCGUGAUGGACCACUACUGUACCGCAGAAUAUCCACCCCAUUCACACGUCCGAUCCGCGCGCAGCGUCGAGCAUGGGUUGGUUUGCGUGGACAAUCGACCUACAUCUGUUGCUCUUCUGAUCAGACCCCCAUAUGAUCUUGUUGUACUAAUACGAUACAUGUUUCUGAAGUACUGCCCAAUCAUUGCUGU